GAUGUGAAGUAACAAGAACUAAGCCAUUUUCACUAAGGGAGACUCGCAUUUCGUAAUAAUAUGAAUGGAAUGUGACUGAUAAUGACUCUACUAUGCGGCCUUUUGUUUGGCGCUCAAAUUACUAUGCAGUUUUCUGAACACGAGAGAUUGGAACUCAGUCAGCCACAAUAUCAGCCCACCAAAACGAACAACGCUUUGUAGCGUCGAAGACAGCGGCAAAUCGAACAUCAGAAGGGUUCAGGAUGGCGACAAAAGGCGUCGAAUUGUACCCGGUCGGCUAUGACAGUCGAGCUGGACUUGCCGAUUCAGAAGUUAGGGAAAGUAAGGCAAGCUUUGUGCCUACCGGCAAACCCGAGGUGGAAGUAGAAGAACGUGAGAAAUGGGGCCGUAAACUUGACUUUCUCCUCUCCUGCAUUGGAUACGCUGUCGGCUUGGGAAAUGUCUGGCGAUUCCCUUAUCUUUGCUUUAGUAACGGUGGAGCUUCGUUUCUGAUCCCUUAUGUGAUCUGCCUGGUGUUCUGUGGAAUCCCCAUCUUCUACCUUGAAGUCGCACUUGGUCAGUAUGUGCAACAGGGUGUGGUCGGUGCCUGGGCAGCGUACUGUCCUGCCCUGGGAGGUAUUGGUCUUGGAAUGGUGAUUAUUACCUUCCUCUGCAGUGUUUACUACAAUGUUAUCAUGGCAUGGACAUUUUACUACCUGUUUGCAUCAUUCCAGAAGCAUCUACCGUGGGAAAGUUGUGAUAAAUCGUGGAACUCACCGUUAUGUCAAACAGACCGUAAGUCUCCUCCCGACUGUGUGGCCCUGGGGGUAAAUGUUUCUAAAGACGACUGUAAAUGGAUAUCUCCGGAAGAAGAAUAUUUCAACAAAAAGGUUCUUGAAAUAUCCCCUGGUAUUGGGGCAGCAGGUGAAGUGCGCUUUGAACUCGCCAUGUGUCUCCUGCUGGGCUGGAUCAUCGUUUACUUCUGCGUGUGGAAAGGAAUUAAAUCUGCGGGCAAGGUCGUGUAUUUCACAGCUACCUUUCCUUAUCUGGUUUUGUUUAUCCUGUUGAUUCGGGGUGCCACGUUGGAAGGAGCAGGAGAGGGGGUUAUCUUCUAUCUCAAACCAGACUUUUCAAAAUUAAAGAACCCUCAGGUGUGGGUGCAGGCCGCGGGUCAGAUUUUCUUCUCGCUCAGUGUUGGGUUUGGCGGGCUUAUCACCUAUGGAAGCUACAACAAAUUUCGCAACAAUUGUGAAAAGGAUACGCUAAUUGUUUCCCUUAUCAACUGUGGCACGAGUAUCUUCGCUGGUUUUGUCAUAUUUACUAUGAUGGGUUACAUGAGCCACAUACUUGGAGUCCCGGUGCCCGACGUUGUGAAAGGAGGGCCCGGCUUGGCGUUCAUAGCCUACCCUGAAGGAAUCAAGCAAAUGCCUGCUUCACCAUUCUGGGCUUUUAUUUUCUUCUUCAUGUUGUUCAAUCUUGGACUGGACAGUCAGUUUGUGGGGGUGGAGACGGUCACUACAGUGCUAGCAGACUGGAGACCAGGCUUCCGUCGAUACAAAUCCGUCAUUACACUGGGUUUCUGUAUCGUGUGCUACUUCCUUGGACUUGCUCACGUGACUCAGGGUGGAAUGUACGUGUUUCAGAUGUUUGAUUACCAAGCAGGAGGAAUAUCUCUUGUGUUGAUAGCCUUCCUGGAGGCCGUAGGGAUCGGAUGGUUCUACGGAACCGAAAAGUUCUGCACAGAUAUUGAGAACAUGAUCGGCCACCGUCCCAAUUUGUACUUCCGCCUGUGUUGGAAAUACAUUUCACCCGUUAUUAUUGGCGUGAUUUUCAUCUGGUUCUGCGUGGACUGGACAGGCAUAUCCUAUAAUGAUGUCAAAUAUCCAGGUUGGGCCGAGUUUCUGGGAUGGAUGCUGUGUAUAUCAGCCAUCCUCUGUGUUCCAGGAUAUGCCCUCCAUCGAUAUCUAAAACUCGACUCAAGCCUUACUGUUUAUGAGCGUUUCCGCACAAUCCUAAUGCCUGACAAAGAAGUGAUGAGCAAGAUCGAGGAGAAAGAAGGCAUCAGACCAAGGUACCAAAACGUCUUGUAACAUGAGGACAGCAGUCACUCUAAUCCGAGAAAAAAUCUCGUUGCUAUAUCAUUAUAUCAUUACUUUUUAACAUUGCUAGCUGAUACCUUAUCGACAAAAAUGCCGAGUUCUCGACUGCAUUAGUUCCACUUAUAAACUCGCUACUAAGUCAUUUGACCUCAUAUAAUCUAGGGAACACGUCACAGUAUUCCAUAUUCAUUGUGUACACCGUAAUGCCCAGCUGUGACGCUAAAAAAUUAGAAAACUUUAGUGAAAUAAUGAAAUGCCCAUUUAGAUGGUUUGAGAGAUUGUCUUCGAGUUGCGAACAGCUUAAUCAUUUCUCACAAUUUCUCCAUCCCCGUGAGGCUCAGAAAUUACGACGACAAUCAUAAAAUAUCCUUGUGUAAUAUUUUUAAAACCACUAAAUAAGGUGUAUGUAAGACUUCAGCUCCCUUUCCUGUGUCUGCAUGAGCGUUUUCAAAUCUGCCAACCUGUGGUCAAGUGCUGUUUGCUCGACUGGGGCGUCAGUAACUUCAGUGUAAAAUAUUUGUCUUCAUAAGGAAAGGGGUAAGCCUUUGUACGUUUACAAAAUACAUUGUCGUAAUGUCUAGGUAAUUUCGUGUUUCAAAGACGUUUUGUGCUCAGUGGAAAUUGAAAAUAUUACAUUUUAAAAAUAUGUAUAUCAGCUUGUCCUUGCCCUUUCCUUCUCUACAGUGGACAAUAAUUUUACUUUGAAGAAUUACUGUACUUUUCAGUCUAAACUGUUCAUUAUACCCCCUUACGAGAACUCCUAUUGAUUUCGCAUUAGAUGUACAGUCCCGUCUUGGCAAAUGAGUUUUGUGGCGGAGUGUACCUAGCUUUUUACUGUUAAGUCAGAUUAAUAUUUCAGAGCCGUUUUAUGUAACCUACGUUAUAUCGUGCAAAACGAUUACACAUGCAGGCGUGAUGUUAUCAAGGAAAAUCUGAUCACGAGUAUCCUCUAUGCUCACUUAACGGAUUGUGCAGUGCUAGGCUGCGAAAGCCGGGGUAAUUUUGCUGGUUUAAAUCAAACCACGUGUACAGUUCAGACAUCAAUUCUUCGUUUAAAUUAAUUACAUGUCUAGUUUAGUAUCUUGUGCAGCUUUUCCCCUAGGCCAACUCCAAAACAAACGCCAGCAGCAAAGUUUUCGUUUAGAAAACUGAUUAGAACCGAACUACCAUAGCUUUCCUCUCCAUGCGCCAACCCGCUCAGUCCAGCGAAGGAAAGUUAGCUUUUGUUCAGUCAAGUCAGUCAAAGGAACAUUCGAUUGUUUUGUGUCUGGUGUGAAUAAGGUAUCAGAGAAUUUAGUUUGACGUCACGUUUGUUGUCUAAUUAGAAUUUCAAUAUUAGAUACCGUGCAUAACGUGUAGAUGUGUAGUUAUGUCCUGUUUGUAAAGAAUAGUUUUAAACUCUUUGAGUAGUUUACAAAGCAGAUCGCGUUAAAUUAAUUAGAACCAACCGCUUCAUCAACCUUACAAUACGGUCAAAUCCAACUCCAACUGCCUUUAGAAGACGAGCAAGAAGAAAAUUACUUACAGAAAGGAGAAGAUCAGGGUAACCAUUGUGUAACUAAAAGUCACCAAAGUAAGAGAGUUUGUAUAGUUGGGUUGCUGUGAAUGAAAGUGGAUAUUGUUUCUGAAUUUUACUUUACGCCGAAAUGAAAAGAUGAAGCAGGUUGCUCUCGAGGGCUAUAUAUCAUGAAAACAAAGCCAAGCAACUCAGUUGUUGGCAUAAGCCAGUAGAACAUGAAAAUCAAGUACCGCUAAAAUAUUGUAUAGUUAGGUAUUGCAGCUUUUUCCUUUAGUGAGUUAUGUAAGUGAAUAGCAAAUAAAAGUGGGUUCUAUCGUAA